CUUUUACCCUUGAACAAAAAUCCCCAUAAAAUACUACUGUAAUAGGAAAAACCCCUCUUAAAUCUUCUUCUCCAAGUACGGGUGGACAACCUUUCUCAGCACCUUUGAUUUUCUCAUAUUUCGCCCUCACUGUCACCAUCUACAAGUAGUGAAUACAUGGUGGGAGGUGCUUCAGCUUCCGGUGCUUCCGGGAAUGUCGCCGGCGUGAGAAUCGUCGUCGCUGGAGAUGCCAAGACCGGGAAAUCGAGCUUGAUAGUUACGGCCGCUACUGAUAAUUAUCCGAACAAUGUCCCUCCACUGCUACCGCCCACUAGGCUCCCCGAAGAUGUUUACCCUGAUCGUGUCCCUGUUACAGUAAUUGACACUUCCUCGAGCCCUGAGAAUAGAGGUAGACUUGUUGAAGAGAUAAUGAGAGCCGAUGCUGUUGUUCUAACCUACGCAUGUGAUAGGCUUGAAACUCUUGAUCGGCUGAGUACUUUCUGGCUUCCUGAACUUCGAAGAUUAGAGGUUAAUGUGCCUGUUAUUGUGGUGGGUUGUAUGCUAGAUAAGAGGGAUGAUCAACAUUCAGUUAGUUUGGAGCAGGUUAUGUCACCAAUAAUGCAACAGUUUCGUGAGAUUGAAACUUGUAUUGAAUGUUCUGCACUAAACCAUAUUCAGGUUCCUGAGGUUUUCUACUAUGCACAAAAAGCUGUGCUUCAUCCAACUGCUCCAUUGUUUGAUCAGGAACAACAAGUGUUGAGGCCACGAUGUGUGAGGGCUUUGAAAAGGAUAUUUAUCCUUUGUGACCAUGACAGAGAUGGUGCUCUCUCUGAUGCAGAGUUGAAUGACUUUCAGGUAAAAUGUUUCAAUGCUCCACUACAACCAUCUGAAAUAGUAGUUGUUAAGAGCGUUGUGCAAGAAAAAUUGAGGGAAGGUGUUGAUGAUCGUGGUCUUACAUUGACCGGAUUCCUCUUUCUCCAUGCACUUUUUAUCGAGAAGGGCCGUUUAGAGACAACGUGGACUGUCCUACGGAAAUUUGGGUAUAACAAUGAAAUCAGACUCCAUGAUGAUCAGCUGCCACCACCAAUAAAGAGAUAUCCUGACCAGAGCACGGAGCUGACUAACGAAGCUGUGGAAUUUCUCAGAAGAAUUUUCGCCACAUUUGACAUUGAUGGUGAUGGAGCUCUUCGUUCCGCUGAGCUUGAGGAUUUGUUUUCUACUGCACCAGAAAAGGAUGGAGCUCUUCGUUCCGCUGAGCUUGAGGAUUUGUUUUCUACUGCACCAGAAAAGCCAAGGACCAUAUCUACUCUUCAUCUUUGGUCCCUAAUGACACUUCUGGAUCCAAUUCGUACCAUGGAGACCCUGAUAUACAUUGGAUAUGGUACUGAUCCCUCAACUGCCAUCCGUGUAACUCGAAGAAGACGUUUAAAUCGUAGGAAGCAGCAAACGGACAGAACUGUGUGCCACUGCUUUGUUUUUGGACCAAAAGAGGCUGGGAAGUCUGCAAUACUGAAUUCUUUCAUUGGAAGACUUUUUCCUGAAGAAUAUGUUCCCACUACCAAUGAUCGCUAUGCUGUUAAUUCAGUUGAUCAACCUCUGGGAGCUAAGAAAACUCUUGUAUUACGAGAGAUACCAGAGCAAGGAGUGAAAAAAAUAUUAUCCAGCAGGGAUGCUUUGGCAGCAUGUGAUGUGGCAGUGUUUGUUCAUGACAGGUAGCUGAUAUGCCAUUUUUCCAACUGACUUAAAAAGAAUAAUAUAAGUGAUUGUUAGUGUUUUGAAUCAUAUUGAUAUAAAUCACUUGG